AUGGCUUCAACCAAAGCUAGGGACCAAAAUAACGGGGAUAUCGAGGCCCCGAAUGCCUUCAACUCACAGCAAGGAACCCUGCAAACACCUAACCAACUGAAUCUGCCCGAGGACGAGGCAGCAUCACAGAACGGGCCUUCCGAGAAAUCAGGAGACCGACGAAAAGAACACUUAUUGAAAAGGGAUGUGCUCCCGGAGCAGGACCUUGAUCAAGGUAUCGUCGGAUGGGAAGGGCAAGAUGAUCCAGAGAAUCCACGGAAUUACGCCCCAUUGCGAAAAUGGACCGUUCUAGCUCUCGUGAGCUCAAUGACAUUGAUCAGUCCGUUUGCGUCUUCGGUUUUCGCACCUGCCGUUCGAUUUGCCGAUGCCGACUUCAACAACACUUCAACCAUCCUGAGCACUUUCGUGGUCUCAGCAUACGUCCUUGGCUACGCGAUUGGCCCACUCUUUCUCUCACCUCUCAGUGAGAUAUAUGGUCGACGCAUCGUCUUGAAUAUAGCAUCGCUUCAUUUCGUGGUGUGGCAGAUUGGCUGCGCUCUGGCUCCCAAUAUCUCAUCACUGAUCGUCUUCCGAUUGCUCACGGGCAUGGGUGGGUCUGCUUGCUUGACUAUUGGCGGUGGCACGAUAGCGGACAUGUUCGAGAAGGAACAGCGUGGCCUGGCCAUGUCCAUCUUUACCGCUGGGCCACUCUUUGGCCCUGUCCUCGGUCCUAUUUGUGGGGGCUUCAUAGCGCAAGGCGCAGGAUGGAGAUGGGUCUUUUGGACUCUCUUGAUCGUUGCAGGUACUUGUACUGGGUUCAUUCUCGUUUUCUAUCGCGAGACUAAUCACACUGUCCUGAUCCGUUACAAGACCCGUCGACUUGCAAGAGAGUUGAACCGCGACGAUCUGACAAGUUGCUAUGAUAAAGUCUUGGGCAAACGCACCGCAAAGGCUCUCCUUGGUCGCAGUUUGAUAAGGCCUCUGAGGCUGCUAUUCUUGUCUCCAAUUGUUGGACUAUUGGCGAUCUACGUUGCACUGAUUUACGGCUGCCUCUACUUGCUCUUCACGACAGUCACCACUGUGUUUGAGGAUGCGUAUCACUGGACUCCAGACUUGACAGGUCUCGCCUAUAUUGGCCUCGGACUCGGUCUACUUUGCGGACAGGCUCUAUUUGGUCUCACAAGCGACAAGAUUAUAGUCCGCCUUUCCAACGCCAACAACGGAGAAUACCAGCCCGAGAUGAGAUUGACAAUGUGUCUGUUUUUUGCUUUCUUCGUACCCAUAUCCUUCUUUUGGUACGGAUGGUCAAUUCAAGCAAAAGUACACUGGAUUGUCCCUAUCAUUGGGCUCUUACCAUUCGGCUUUGGAAUGAUUGGGAUCUUCACGUCCAUCCAAACGUACAUUAUCGACUCAUAUUCUCAGUACGCAGCGUCCGGGAUAGCCUCAGUGACCGUGACGAGAUCUUUCUUCGGCGCAUUUCUUCCACUUGCGGGCCCUUCGCUAUAUCAGAGUCUAGGAUACGGAUGGGGAAAUUCUUUGCUGGGAUUUGUUACGCUCGCUUUGAUCCCAGCACCAGUUCUCCUACACCGAUAUGGCGGGUUUCUGAGAGAACGUUUUCCUUCCUCCUCAUACCAGGAUCCUGGAUCCUCGAAUAAUGGGGCUGGAAACAUCUCUCGGGAUGACAUAGAUGUUGGUCGCAAUAACCUUACUGACGGCGAUUCGGAACAGUCGCACGACGUGCCUCUCGAGCUGAACACGAAGAAGCGCGAGGUACAAAACCUCCAACCUAUCUCAAGAGCCUGCAGUUCCUGUCGAGAACGGAAGGUCAGCCAGAGACGACACAGUAUUGUUGGCCUGCGACGAUCACUAACUGCUCUAGACUGUAUCUACCCAGAACCGCGUCGGAGGAAGAGAAGAUACCUUCGUACCACUGAGCAGGUCGAGUCUCUCAAGACCAGGAUUGAGGUUCUGGAAUCAUGUAUCAAGAACCUCACACAACCUGCAGAUCCGAUGCGCAUGCCAUCCUCUCCAGAGCGCCAAUUGGCCGGUCAGUCGAGCUUGUCCUAUUCUUCUGAGCACUCUCUAGAGGACCAUGAUGAAGACAUCUCCUGGACUGCUCCAAGAUUCAUUCUCACGCGACACGCAACCGAGGAAGCCGAGGACGGAUUUCAGGGAUACUCGGGAGACCGAGCGUUCAUCCAACGGAUGAGAGAAAGGAUCAAAGAUUGGCCAGGCGACAAUGUCCGUUCACGAAUUCGUCCUCCAAGGAGGCCAUGUGCAAAACUAUUUGAGUGUGAUUACCCUCUUGCCGCAACCGCCUGCCUUCCUCCCAGAGAGAGGGCUCGUGCCUUGGUAGAUGCUGCGGUGGAGUCAUAUUCUCUUUUUCCCAUCCUACACCGGCCGAGCUUCGAUCGUUCCCUUGAAUCCAUUUACGCGACGACACCCAAUGAUUUCACGAUCGAGCAGCUACGAUUCCUCUCUCUUCUCUAUGCAGCCCUUGCCCUAGGGUGUAUGUUCAUUCAGGUUGACUCUGCGGAUGCCUCUCGCGAGCACGAGAUCGCCGAGGGACUACAGUACUUCGCUGCCAGCCGUGCCUUUGUUGAUGUUGGCGACGGAACAGAUGAACAAUCACUCCAAACAAUGAUAUUCCUCAUCCUUUUCACUGUCUGCAACGCUCGUGUUGGUACCUGUUACUCAUACGUGACCCAUGCACUGACACUUGCCCUCCGCAUGGGUCUCCAUCGUUCAAAGUCUAAACACGACGAUCUAAUCGAACGAGAAGUAGGCAAGAGAAUAUUCUGGGUCCUGAGACUCCUCGGAAGCUACUUUGCAACGGCAUGUGGCAUGCCCAAGCUCUUAAGCGACGAGAAUGUCGACCAAGAUUUGCCGAUCGAAGUUAACGAUGAAUACAUCACCAAAACAUGUAUUUCGCCCCAGCCUCCGGGGGAAGUGUGUUCGAUAGCGGGCUUGAAUGCAAUCAUCGCCCUUUACAAGAUCUUGGAGCAGGUUGUCAGGGAUAUAUAUCCGCCUCGAGGAGUCGUCAGGACGCACGGAACACAGGCUGCAACAUAUCUGGUCCGCGUUGAGAAGGUCAAAGAUAUCGAGAGGGCUCUGAAAAGAUGGAUAGAUAAUCUGCCGUUCGGAUUCCGUCUGAAGGCCCAUGUGGUUUCCAGACCUUUGCUCAGGACGCAAUAUCUACUCCGCAUGUCGCAUGCCCACGUUCAACUCUACCUCUACAGGCCUUUCCUCCAUUAUCUCUCCAAAGCCACUACUCAAAAUGCAUCAUCGCCCGAUCUUACUUUUCCUCCGUACGCAGCUGCCUGUGUGCAAGCGUGUCACACUAUUCUGAGCCUCAGCGACGAAAUGUACAACCAAGAUCUCCUCCGGGGUGGAUGUUUUACUGUCUUGCACAUGAUCUUCGGAUCUGUCGUGACACUCAUGUUCAUCAUUCUCGAUUCCCACGACUGGGAAGGGAGAGAACAGUCUUUCAAGGAUAUAUCGAUUGGUCGAAAAGCCAUUGCUCUUCUCGCAAAGUGCAACAACACUGCUGAACGAGCGCAGACCAUUCUGGAGAAUUUGCAGAGACUCGAGAACGUCUAA